GUGGCGCAGCGAUGGCCAGGAGAGGUAAGAAGCCGGUGGUGCGAACGCUGGAGGAUCUGACGCUUGACUCGGGUUAUGGUGGUGCGGCGGACUCUGUGCGCUCCUCCAACUUGUCUCUGUGCUGUUCUGACUCUCACCCGGCGUCCCCGUAUGGCGGGAGCUGCUGGCCGCCUCUAGCUGACUCCAUGCACAGCCGGCACAACAGCUUUGACACCGUCAACACUGCCCUGGUGGAAGACUCCGAGGGGCUGGACUGCGCCGGCCAGCACUGCUCGCGGCUGCUGCCGGACCUCGACGAGGUCCCCUGGACCCUCCAGGAACUGGAGUUGCUGCUGCUGCGUUCUCGGGAUCCCCGGGCAGGCCCAGCGGCUCCCGGCAGUCUGCCCAAGGACGCACUGGCCAAGUUCUCGAUGCUGGUAAGCCGGGCUCUGGUGCGCAUCGCCAAAGAGGCGCAGCGCCUGAGCCUGCGCUUCGCCAAGUGCACUAAGUAUGAGAUCCAGAGCGCCAUGGAGAUUGUGUUGUCCUGGGGCCUGGCGGCGCACUGCACUGCUGCCGCGCUGGCCGCGCUGUCCCUCUACAACAUGAGCAGCGCAGGCGGCGACCGCUUAGGCCGUGGCAAGUCGGCGCGCUGCGGCCUCACCUUCUCCGUGGGCCGCGUGUACCGCUGGAUGGUGGACAGCCGCGUGGCGCUGCGCAUCCACGAGCAUGCGGCCAUCUACCUGACCGCCUGUAUGGAGAGCCUCUUCCGGGACAUCUACACGCGGGUGUUGGCCUCCGGGCUACCCCGUAGCUGUAGCGGCCCCUGCACUGGCUCCAGCUCGGGUUCUGGCCCAGGCCCCGGCUCAGGCCCGGGUGCUGCCCCUGCCGCGGAUAAGGAGCGCGAGACGCCUGGAGGGGGAGCGGCGAGCGGUGGCCCUUGCAGCGCAGCUAGCAGCGCCAGCGGGGGCAGUAGCUGUUGCGCCCCGCCAGCUACGGCGGCGGCCGUGGUCCCGCCGGCCACAGCCACAGCCCCCGCCGCGGCUGCCGCCGCCAACCACCACCACCACCACCACCACCACCACCACACUCUUCACGAAGCGCCCAAAUUCACCGUGGAGACCCUGGAGCACACGGUCAACAACGACUCGGAAAUCUGGGGGCUGCUGCAGCCCUACCAGCACCUCAUCUGUGGGAAGAACGCCAGCGGUGUGCUGAGCUUACCAGAGAGUCUGAACCUGCACCGAGACCCACAGCGGCCCAGCAAGCCAGGAGAGCUACCCAUGUUCAGCCAGUCGGAGCUGAGGACCAUUGAACAGUCCCUGCUGGCCACACGUGUAGGCAGCAUCGCUGAGCUCAGUGACCUGGUGUCCCGGGCGAUGCACCACCUGCAGCCUCUCAAUGCGAAGCAUCACGGCAAUGGCACGCCCCUGCACCACAAGCAGGGGGCGCUCUACUGGGAGCCGGAGGCCCUGUACACACUUUGCUACUUCAUGCACUGCCCGCAAAUGGAAUGGGAAAACCCCAACGUGGAACCGUCCAAGGUCAACCUCCAGGUGGAAAGGCCCUUCCUCGUGCUGCCCCCUCUGAUGGAGUGGAUCCGAGUGGCGGUGGCGCAUGCCGGCCACCGCCGCAGCUUUUCUAUGGACAGCGACGAUGUCCGCCAAGCGGCCCGGCUGCUGUUACCAGGCGUGGACUGCGAGCCGCGCCAGCUCAAGGCGGACGACUGCUUUUGUGCUUCUCGGAAGCUGGACGCCGUGGCCAUUGAAGCCAAGUUCAAGCAGGACUUGGGCUUCCGGAUGCUCAACUGUGGACGGACCGACCUGGUGAAGCAGGCGGUGUCUCUGCUGGGGCCCGAUGGAAUCAACACCAUGAGCGAACAGGGCAUGACCCCCUUGAUGUACGCCUGUGUCCGCGGGGACGAGGCGAUGGUGCAGAUGCUGCUGGAUGCCGGAGCUGACCUGAACGUGGAGGUUGUCAGUACUCCUCAUAAAUAUCCAUCCGUCCACCCCGAGACCCGCCAUUGGACGGCUCUGACUUUUGCUGUGUUGCAUGGACAUAUUCCUGUAGUUCAGCUCCUCCUGGAUGCUGGGGCCAAGGUGGAAGGCUCGGUGGAGCACGGUGAGGAGAAUUACUCAGAAACUCCCCUGCAGCUCGCAGCCGCUGUUGGGAAUUUUGAGCUGGUUAGUUUGCUGUUGGAGCGUGGUGCGGACCCCCUGAUAGGAACCAUGUACAGGAAUGGAAUUUCUACAACCCCCCAGGGUGACAUGAACUCUUUCAGCCAGGCCGCAGCCCAUGGACACAGGAAUGUGUUCCGCAAGCUGCUCGCUCAGCCAGAGAAGGAGAAGAACGAUAUCCUGUCCCUGGAGGAGAUUCUGGCUGAGGGGACUGACCUGCCAGAAACAGCCCCGCCCCCCUUGUGUGCCAGCCGCAACAGCAAGGCCAAACUGAGGGCCCUGAGGGAGGCCAUGUAUCACAGCGCUGAGCAUGGCUACGUGGAUGUGACAAUUGAUAUCAGAAGUAUAGGUGUCCCAUGGACUCUGCACACGUGGCUGGAGUCACUGCGGGUCGCCUUCCAGCAGCACCGCCGGCCUCUCAUUCAGUGUUUGCUCAAGGAGUUCAAGACCAUUCAAGAGGAGGAGUACACAGAGGAGCUCGUCACGCAAGGCCUGCCCCUGAUGUUUGAAAUCUUAAAAGCAAGCAAGAAUGAAGUCAUCAGCCAGCAACUGUGUGUCAUCUUCACACACUGCUAUGGUCCCUACCCCAUUCCCAAGCUCACGGAGAUCAAGAGGAAGCAGACCUCACGCCUGGAUCCUCAUUUUCUUAACAAUAAAGAAAUGUCUGACGUGACCUUCCUGGUAGAGGGAAGACCCUUCUAUGCUCACAAAGUGCUGUUGUUCACGGCUUCUCCCAGGUUCAAGGCUCUCCUCUCCAGCAAGCCAACAAACGACAGCACCUUCAUAGAGAUCGGCUACGUGAAGUACCCCAUCUUCCAGCUGGUCAUGCAGUAUCUCUACUACGGUGGUCCAGAGUCACUUCUCAUUAAAAACAAUGAGAUCAUGGAGCUUCUGUCUGCGGCUAAAUUUUUCCAGCUGGAGGCUCUGCAGCGACACUGUGAGAUUAUCUGUGCGAAAAGCAUCAAUACCGACAACUGCGUGGAUAUCUACAGCCACGCCAAGAACUUUCUACAUGAUUCCCAUGAUGCCUUGCAGUUUCCCUGGACUUUCCUGCUCAUCCUAAUGGACGUGGGGAACCUCCCUGAAAAACUUAAGUAUCUUGUUUGUAAUUCUUGUUCCCAGCACACUGCCUCACACGGUCAGUCAACAAAGAAUGGUUAUGUCAACAUAAGCAAGUUAAUGUUCUUCCCUGUAAAUAGGACAUUUUUGAGUAUUAAUGUUCCAGGGAUUCAUUCUCCAAAUCCACUCAAGAAGGUAAGGAUUACACCCAUGGCUCCUGUAAUGUUUGCCUAACAUUCCAGGCUCCACGAAAGACUAAAAAGAGCCCUGACUCCACCAGAGUCGCCCACCUAGCCAGGAAUGAGAAUCGUGGUUCUGUGGACAAGGAGAAGGUAAUCACAGCUCCUCAAAUGAAUCCCAGUAGAAAUCAGUCCCAGAAAAACCUGGGACCCCUGUCACCAGGGAACCAGUUCCAGCCCCAUCUGCCCCUUGCUGCCUUUUGUAUGUCCCCAACCCCUCCACUGAGAAAUGGCUCAGACUCUGCUCUAUCUGCAUCACCUCUGGUCCUCCCCACUCCGCUGAGGCCAGCAGUAUAUGUCUUUGGACUAAGCCUCUGAGGAAGUUAUUAUGAUUUCUUUUUUUUUUCCCUACUCUCUUUAAAAAUAACGCAGUAGAUUUCGAACUUCCUGCUCAGGAGGAAAAAAAUAGAACCUAUACUCAGCAAUCAAACUGCACUUUAGCUCCCGCUCCUGAUGAGACGUCAGAUAAUGAGUGCCCUGCAGAAGGACACAUCUCCAAGUUUAGAUCCGAAUAAGAAAAGACAAUCUGUCUGUGUGAAUAGGCAAUUAAAAAAGAUGCCCUGAUGUUCAUCUACUCCUCUGGCUGUGGCUCUUCAGAGUCAACCUUCCCACGAGUUCUGAAUUUUAAUGUCUUAAACCUCCGGGGUGAAGAGAAAGCUGACAAGAGCAGAGGAUGGUGGGUGUGGCCGAAGGGCUCACUAGGUCCUGCUUCUGCCAUCAGCCGCUUGGGAGACCUUGGUCAGGCCUCUUCCAUGUCCUGGACUUUCUUUCUCAUCUCUGAAACGGGGUACAUCAGAGCUGGUGUUCUGUGGGUCUAGACUCUCCCCUUAAUACAUUGGUAUAUCUUAAAACCUGAUAGCACUGUUUAGCAUGAGAGAACAUUCUGGAAUGAGUUGGUCACAUGAUGUCUUUGUCAAACAGGCUCCCAGCAGGAAACCAAGCACAAGCCUCAGAACAAGGUCCCCAGAUAUUUAAUUCUGAAGAUCGCUCUCACUAGAUCAGUCACACUGUGAGCAUCUUGUUUUCAACUUGCUGGUUUACUCAGUGUUUUAUUCAUAGAUUUGUAAGAAAUGGCAAAAAGAAAAAAAAAGGCCCAUGUCCCUUUCCCACAGCUUCCUCCAAUGGUGGAAAUUAGGUUUGUCUAAUAUACAAAAUCUGGAAAUUGGCAUUGGUAUGGUGUGUGCUUAGUUCUGUGACAUCGUAUGGAGAUUCAUGCAAACACCACCACAGUCACCAUGCCGCCGCCACCACAGAGAUCUGCCUUCUGCUGCCCUUCUAGUAUUAAAGACAAAUGUAUUCAGUGUCACACAAAGAAGCACACAAAUGAAGCAAAGUAGCUAAGCCAAGCAAUGUCUCUUUGAGAAAAGGGUUUGACCCCAACCGGGCUAGCAAGCACACUAGGACAAGAAGCUCUCUUGGCUUUCAUUCUAAAGCAGGUGAUGAUUUUGUCUUUUCCCCUAUAGUCAUUCAGUUUGGCUAGUUUUAAAGGAAUUGGCACAAAAGAAAUUAAGAAAAGUAGAAAGAAGUCAGCACUCCCGGCCAUCAAGUUCUGGGGGAUGGGCCUUUUGCAUAAAUUUAAGUUUUACUAGGCAGGUGAAGAUUCAUGGGAUAUUCCCUCUUGGCAGGCUUAGCUAUCUCUGAUAGAAAAAAAUAUUUUCCUCACAUCAGCCAGUCCCACAUACGACAUACCAGGCACUUUAUUCCCGACAAGCAUACACCUGAUCAGCAUUUCUGUGUCUCCGUUAGUUCAAGAAUGUUAUAGAAAUGGAGUCAUACAAUAGUACCAAGUGUGUGUUCCUCCUCCUCCUUCUCUCCCUCCUCCUCCUCCUCUUCUUUCUUGUUUGUGGAAUCCAGACUUGAACCCAGGGCCUCAUAUUAUGACAGGGAUCCUCCGCUGUGCUACAGCCUCGUUUUCUUUUCUAAACUUUCUAAUUCUGAGACAAAGGCCUCACUAAGUAGCUAAGGCUGGG